AUGAUGUUGCAGCCUUUAUUUCCAACAAAUAAUUCUUAUGAAUCAAAAAAAUUAUCUGAAAAUACAAAGACUACUUAUCAGUGUGAUGGAAAAAACCAAAAAGAGGAUAGUAACACCUAUCUGGUGAUUGGUCAGUCUGUACAAGUUGAUGCAAAAUUUCCGAACAGUCGACAUGAAUUCUUUCCAGUCGCCACCACCGGGGACAUGAAAGGAGCACGACUAAGGGACGGUGAAGCUCCUAAUGCUGUACCAUCACAUUCAAAAUUACAUCAGCUGCUUCUUGAGGAACGUAUUGAGAAUGGUUAUAGUAAUCCAGCUCGCCUAGUGAAGCUGAAGAAAAGACAAUUGAAUGGACCUGCUGUUGAAGCAAAAUCUAGGAAAAGUUACAUGGAGAAAUUUCUAGAAACUCCCUCGCCUGAUCCGAAAAUGAUUUAUGAAACUUCAAUCUUUCCGCUGUCAGUGAAACCGGCACCAGAUGAUUCUAGCGAAGCAGGGAUUAAAAUUCUUGAAAUCAGUAGCAUUAAAAAGUCUAUUGGAGAUGAAAACUCUUGUUCAUCCCCUUAUGAGCCGGAGUCUGAACUUCACCAAUCUACUGGAAAGUUCUUUAUGUCAGAUGUAAAUAUCAUUGAGCAUUGUGGUUGA